CUAUAAAAGCAAGAGUGGACUGUAACCGUGCGGUCACAAACGAGCCAGAGACUAAUCUGUAUGAUGCAGUGCUCUAAGCAGAUGAUGUGGGUUUUCACCCUGACCACCGCCUCGCUUCUCGCAUCCCUCGAAGCCAGAAAAUUACCCACCGGACUGAAAGGUUGCUCGAGAAACGAUCCUGACCUGAAUGCCUGCCUGCUGCAGAGCGCCAAUGCUGCCGUCCCCUACAUGAGCAAAGGAAUUCCGUCUUAUGGGGUGCUCCCCAUGGACCCGAUGCGCAUCGACGAAAUCGCGAUCCUCGACAAAGGCGCCCAGAAGCAACUGGCCUUAAAUUUGAUCAUGAAAAACGUCGACCUGGUCGGCCUGAGGAACGUCAAAGUGAACAAAAUCUCUUUGAGCCCUGACGGUGGCCCUGCAUCAUGGAAUUGUAACACACCGUAUUUGUCUCUAAUUGGCCAGUACGACGUUUCUGGAAAGGUGCUUAUCUUGCCAAUUCAGGGCAAGGGUGAUAUCAACAUCACGAUGGAGAAUGUCGAGUACACAUAUAAAUUUGACGUUGAAAAAUUCACCAAAGGCACCAAGACUGGCAUCCGCCCCGCUAAUCACAGCCUGGACUUCAAAACGUCCAGAAUUACGAUGCGGCUAGAGAAUUUGUUCAAUGGACAGAAAGAGCUGAGUGACCAGAUGAACGUUUUUCUGAAUGAAAACUGGCAAGAGCUGACCAACGAGUUGGGCCCUCCUAUUGCCGAGGCUCUGAGCGCAGCCACCAACCACCGCGUGGAGGCGAUCAUGAGACUCGUCUCCCUCGAGGAAAUGUUCCCCGAUAAAAAGGAACCGGCUGCUUUUCGUCGCCCAACAAUGCAACGAGUCAGGACGAAAGUGACUUUGUGCGUCUUCCUGCUGGCCCUUCAGCUGGCGACUGCCGCGAAAAAUUCCAAAAAGCUUCCAUCACAGUUAAAACCAUGUUCGAGAAACUUGUCGCAGCCCAAAUUGGAGGCAUGCAUUUUGGAGAAUGGGAAAGCCGCGAUUCCUCAUCUUGCUAAAGGUAUUCCAAGUUACAAUCUCCUCCCAUUGGAACCACUCCAUAUUCCCGAAUUGCGGAUUGAUGACGCUGGCACCACUAGUUCUAUUAAUUUAAAUCUAGUCAUGAGCAGCGUUGACAUCACCGGUCUCAAAAACACACACUUCAUCAGCGUUAAGAAUGAUUUGAAGAGUGGCGACGUCGAGUGGAAGUUUUACAUGCCGCAGAUUUCACUGCUGGGCCAAUACAACGUGACGGGUCGCGUGCUGCUGCUGCCGUUGCGAGGCCACGGCGAUAUGAAUAUCACGCUCGACGAUCUGGAAGUCAACUACUCGUUCAGGCUCAAGCUAUUGCCACCCAAUAAAGAGAACGUGGUUUACCUCAAGCCUGAGGGCAAUAGACUUUCUUUCAAAACGUCCAAGACUCACAUCAACCUGGAGAACCUUUUUGAAGGGCAGAAGGCUUUAAGCGACCAAAUGAACAUUUUCCUGAACGAGAACUGGCGCGACCUGGUGACAGACCUUGGCCCGCCCAUAGCAGAGGCGCUCAGCACCGCCACCAACCAACUCAUGCUCACGCUUACAAAGCAGGUGCCUUACGACGAAAUAUUCCCCGACACGCCAGUGUGAGAUCCAAACAAAUCUGCUUAAAAUCUCAUGAGUCUAGUUAGUUUCUAAUUUAAUAUUUAACAUUAAUCAUUUUUAAAGUCGUACAUCUUGAAAGCAUUUAACUAGGUUGUAAAACUCUUAUUAAUUUAAAAUAAAUUUAAUCCUCUUA